AUGGCGGGCGAGGCUUCCGUGGCGGUGCCAACGGCUGACACGGUAAGCACCAUAUAAACCUCGCUAGUUCUCUCCCCAACACCAUCCCCAGAAGAUGGCUCUGUGGUUCAUCCAUGGUUGAGCUUUCCUGUUCGGGGCCGCAGGAGAAUGGAUGACAGGGGCAGCCUCCCUCCAGAUGCCUCCUCCUCACUUUCCUCUGAUUCAUGCUCAAGUUUUCUUCCUUGGACCACUCCCCCUUCCGCUGUAGCAGACACGUUCGAGUUUUGAUGAUGUCCGGACAUGAUCACGACGCUAGUUCUUCCUGCUGGGCACCUGUUUUGGUAGAACAAACCAGAAUUCGUCGGGUGCCCAUCUUCUUUCUCUCCUUCUUCAUUAGGGAUUCAGGUCCUUGAGACGCCGACUGUAGAAGUUCUGUCACUUGGGUUCAGCUUCUUCUCUCUUAAAACGUUUUCUUGGCGAGUGAUCUCACCUCGACUUUGGCAGAUUGAAGAGAAGAAGGUGACAGACGAUGAGAAGAGUCUGGCGCGAGAGGCCGAUGGCCAGCGGGGCGAGAAUGGAGGAAAUCACGAACUGGAGAGACCCGAAGAUGAGAAAUCUGCCAAAGCUCCCGGCCUGUUCGAGGCACCAAAAGAAGAAGAAAACUUGGCUAAUCACGCUGAGGUACCAGGUGAGGUCUUGAAGGAGCACAAGACUGUGGAAGCAGACCCAGUCGCAGAGCCAGAAGAGGAGAAGCCUACAGCAGCAGCAGCAGCACUGGUCGAAGAGCAAAAAGAAGAGAAGGGUACAGCAGCAGCAGUCGAAGAGCCAAAGGAAGAGAAGGCCACGGCAGCAGCAGCAGCAUCAGUCGAAGAGCCAGAGGAAGAGAAGGCCACGGCAGCAGCAGCAGCAUCAGUCGAAGAGCCAAAGGAAGAGAAGGCCACGGAAGAAGCAGCAGCAGUCGAAGAACCAAAUGAAGAUAAGGCUACAACAGUAGCGGCAGCAGCGGUAGCAGUAGCAACAGUCGAAGAGCCAAAGGAAGAGAAUACUACGGCAGCGGCAGCGGCAGUAGCAGUGGCGGUAGCAGUUGCAGCAGUAGUCGAAGAGCCAGAAGAAGAGAAGGCCACGGUAGCAGCAGUCGAAGAGCCAGAGGAAGAGAAGGCCACGGCAGCAGCAGCAGCGUCAGUCGAAGAGCCAAAGGAAGAGAAGGCCACGGAAGAAGCCGCAACAGUCGAAGAGCCAAAGGAAGAGAAGGCCACGGAAGAAGCCGCAACAGUCAAAGAGCCAAAGGAAGAGAAGGCCACGGAAGAAGCAGCAACAGUCGAAGAGCCAAAGGAAGAGAAGGCCACGGAAGAAGCAGCAACAGUCGAAGAGCCAAAGGAAGAGAAGGCCACGGAAGAAGCAGCAACAGUCGAAGAACCAAAGGAAGAUAAGGCUACAACAGUAUCGGCAGCAGCGGUAGCAGUAGCAGUAGCAACAGUCGAAGAGCCAAAGGAAGAGAAUACUACGGCGGCGGCAGCGGCAGCGGCAGCGGGAGCGGCAGUAGCAGUGGCGGUAGCAGUUGCAGCAGUAGUCGAAGAGCCAGAAGAAGAGAAGGCCACGGCAGCAGCAGUCGAAGAGCCAGAGGAAGAGAAGGCUACGGCAGCAGCAGCAGCAUCAGUCGAGGAGCCAAAGGAAGAGAAGGCUACGGAAGAAGCAGCAACAGUCGAAGAGCCAAAGGAAGAGAAGGCCACGGAAGAAGCAGCAACAGUCGAAGAACCAAAGGAAGAUAAGGCUACAGCAGUAGCGGCAGCAGCAGUAGCGGCAGCAGUGGUAGCAGUAGCAGUAGCAACAGUCGAAGAGCCAAAGGAAGAGAAUACUGCGGCGGCGGCAGCAGAAGCAGUAUCAGUGGGAGUAGCAGUUGGAGCAGUAGUCGAAGAGCCAGAGGAAGAGAAGGCCACGAAAGCAGCAGCAGGAAUCGAAGAACCAAAGGAAGAGAAGAGUACAGCAGCAGCCGUCGUUGGAGAACUGCAGGAAGAGAAGGGCGUGGAAACAGGGCCAGUUGAAGAAGCAAAGGAAGAGAAGGCUACAGCACUGGCAGUAGUCGAAAAGCAGAAAGAAGAGAAGGCUGUGGAGAUAGAGUCAGUCAAAGAACUAAAGAAGGUUGUGGAAACAGUGGCUGAAGAAGAUCGAAUCAAGGAACCAAAGGAAGAGAAGGUUGUGGAAACAGUGGCUGCAGAAACAGACCCAGCUGUGGAAGAUGAGAAAGAGAAGGUAGUGGAGACUGUUGUAGCUGAAGAACCAGAGGAAGAGGAGGUUGUGGAAACAGCUACAGUUGAAGAAUCAAAGGAAGAGAAGGUUGUGGAAACAGUGGCUGCAGAAACAGAGACAGUUGUGGAGCAAAAGGAAGAGAAGGUUGUGGAAACAGCGGCCGCAGAAACAGACCCAGUUGUGGAGCAAAAGGAAAAGAACGCAGUGGAAGCAGCGCCUGUUGAAGAAUCAAAGGAAGAGAAGACCACGGAGACAGCGCCAGUGCAAGAACAGACGCUAGAGAGGGCCAUAGAAACACUGCCAGUCGAAGAACCGAAGGAAGAGAAGACCGUGGAGACAGAGCUAGUGGAAGAACCGAAAGAAGAAAAGACUGUGGAGACUGAACCAGUUGUUCCGCCAAAGGAAGUGGAGACUGUGGUGGGUGAUCCGGUUUUAGAAUUGGAAGAGAGAAAGGAGUCAGUCCAAGAACCAGAGGAGGAGAAGACUGUGGAGACAGAGCCACCAUCCGAAGAACUAAAAAAAGAGAAGACCGUGGAAACAGAGCCCACGAAAGAACCAAAGGGAGAACAGACUGUGGAGACGGAGCCUGUCAAGGAAGAGAGUGCCGCAGCGACUAACCCAGUCAAGGAGCCAGAGGAGCAGAUUUUAGAAAGAGAAGCUGUGGAAGAGCCAGAGGAAGAGAAGGCUGCGGUGAUCGAGCCAGUGGAACGAGUACCGGAAGAGAAUACCCUGGAACCACAGGCAGUUGAAGAACCAGAGGAAGGGAAGACUAUACAGACAGUGCCACUUGAAGAUUCGAAAGAGGAGACCACUGUGGAAUCAAAGACGGUUGAAGAACUAAAGGAAGAGAAAACUUCAGAGCCAGAGGCAGCGGUGGAGACAAAGGAAGAGAAGACCAUAGAAACAGGGGCUGUGGAAACAACAACGGCAGUCACUAUGACAGAUGAGAGCGUGGGAUUAAUUAACCCUGUGGAGGAAGUUGCCAGGAUCCAUACUGAAGAAGAGAAGAAUUCUGAAGGCGCUGAAGAGCUUGUCAAAGUGCAGAGGGAUGCGGGCUAUUCUGAUUACACUGUCAAACCUGCUGAAACCCCUGCAGAGAAACAAAAGGAUUCUGAAUUUGGCGCAAAGCUUGCUGAGGAACCAGUAGAUAAACCAGAGUCCGAGAAAACUGAUGAUUCCUCAAAAGACAACGCCUCUCCAGAAGCUGCGGUGGAGGUCCACAAAUCAGAAAUCUCUCCCAAGCCGAAGACUCUCAUGUCAAAGUUGAAGCGCUCACUUGGGAAGGUGAAGAAAGCUAUCACUGGGAAAUCUCCAGAAGCCAGAGACGAGCCCAAAGUGAGAUAG